AAAAUGAUAAACAUUUUACUGUUGGGCCUAGCGCUCGUUCCAGCAGUGUUGGCGGAAGUUCCAACCGGAUGUGUGACGCUAAAAUUUGUGAACAACGCAAAGCAUAUCAACAUGUGGGACAACACCGUCCUGCAUUACCGUAAGCUCAACGGGGGAGAUGAAAAGGAACAAUGGGUGAUCGAGAAAAAUGGCGAUGACUACAAAAUAAGGCCCAGAAUUUAUACGGAAUAUUUGUAUGCCGAGGAUAAAACCGACGAUCCUGGUCGAGCGGUGAAAACCCUCAAAGAGGGAACAACAGACGCGAAUAUUUGGAAAGUUGAGCAAAAAAUGGCACUUUACAUGAUCAGCAACGUUAAGUACCAGGAAUGUCUGGUGAUAACAGGAACCGAUCAUGUGGUUACCAAGAAAAUGGAUAGCUGUGGCGAUGAUUUGUGGGAAAUCCAGCCUGUUGCAAACUGUUUAAUCGUUGGAAAAAAGAACUAAUUCCAAGCAAUUCUUUCUUGAUAUAUCACGUUUAUCAACUAAACAAUAACUACGUUUAAUAAAUAAAGAAACUUAACACCAGAAAAUUAUCAAGUCAUCAGUCAGCCAAUUACUAGAAGUUAACUGUCAAGUAAUAAACGCUUUUGGAAACCCUUUUUUGAUACGUAGAAAAUGUCCAAAUUUAAGAACGCUUGUAAAUAUUUCGAAAUAGUCUUUUUUCUCUUCAGAAAAAAUAGAAAAAAAAAUAAAGCAGCAGCCAAUUGCAGAUUA